AUGAAAGGCAUUGAAGGCCAAGAAAGCAGUAUUGAAAGGACACAGAAAAAAAAAAAGAUUCACACUUUACCCAUCUUCCGAGGAUGCGAGAUUUUGCAGCUGAGAAAGCAACGCAAACAUCCUCAGAAGAAUGCUCCCAGGAGAAAUCAGCUUGGCCACUAUGCCAUCAUCAAGUUCCCUCUGACCCCCGAGUCAGCUGUGAAGAAGAGAGAAGACAUUCUGGAGGUCAAGGCCCAUCAGCUCCAAAUUAAACAAGCUGUGAAGAAGCUCUAUGACAUUGACAUGACCAAGGUCAGCCCCCUAAUGGUACCUGAUGAAGAGAAGAAGGCAUGUGUUUGGCUGACUCUUGAUUAG